GGGGAGGCGGGCGCCAUGGGAGGCGGCCUGAGCCUGGUGGGCCUGGCCGUGCUGUGGGGGUGGAGCGGCUGCUCCGCCUCGUGGAAGUACAAAACCAAGGCUGAAAACUAUUUGAUUAUCUCAACCAGAACUCCUAUUGAGUUGAUAUAUGAAGGAACGAAGUUUUUAGAAUGGGAUGUUGCACAUCUUUGCAUACUCGAAAAUAAAGCCAAAAAGAAGACAGUGUUGCAGUGUUUAGUUUCUGAUUUUCACAGUGUAAAACCAAUAGUGAAAGGUGAAGAGCAGGAAGAAGAACGCUUCUUGGCUAUAGAUAGAUCCCUUGAUUGCUUUAUGUGGUAUUGGAAGAUCAGUGAUUAUGAUUCAGUCAAUAUGAUUCAGAAAUUAAGUACAUGGGUGUAUGACCCAGAAAAUGCAGAUCCAGCUGAGUUGCAGCACACUGCGGAAGGUCCUUCUGUGAAUUCCAAGAUCCUCACCAAGCAGUUCAUUGAUAUGGGACAGGAGCCUACUCUUUAUUCAUUUUUGAAACCCAACAUGUUUUUUCCAAAACCUAGAGCAGAAACUGGGACCUGGGAAUUUUUCUUAGCAAUAGAACCCAGUGGUGUCAUAGUGCAGAUUAAAGGAAAACCAGUGGCUUUUCAGGAUUGCUUUAUCGCAGACAACUAUUUCUUAGUAGCUCCCCCGGAGUUUGCAUUCCAGGAGAAAGAAAAUGAGUUGCCUCUCUCUUCACCAAAAAAUAGUGAGCUCAUUAUCAAAUGGUCAGGAUGUCUUCCGGUGAUUGCUGUUUUAGUGUCAGAAUUUGGACUAUUUUUUACAACUGAUGGAUUCGACUCUGCAAGGAAAAUCAAAACACCUAUCUUGGAUGAUCAAAGAUUUAAUGUAUCUACUGUGGAAUUGACAGAAAAUGGAGUCUUCAUAUUGAUAAGUGGUAGUGUUUACCUAAUUACACCUUUACAUGAAUUUUUUUCACUCACCAAAGAAUUCAACUUUCCCGAAACUGAAAUUAUUGGAAUAAGUUCAAGGAGGUGGUGUUUAUUUGAAAAUUCUGGAAAGUAUGCUAGCAUAUUAAGCACAGUAGUACUAUGGUCAAUAGACACGGUCUACCUCGGAUAUCCUGGAAACAUAUUUAUCAAGUUAACAACUGUAAAAGAGCUCAAAGAGAUUCUAAAUUUGCCCUCGGAUUCCACGGUCACCAUAUCCAAAGUGGUCUACACUUCACACCCAUCUGAUAUGAGUUUUUUGCUGAAUUUCUGCACUACCUGUGGUGUCACAAAAUCACUUUUCUUAGCAACCUACUGGGAAGAUAAAAGAAAGUGGCUACUGCAAGACUUUUCUUGGGAUGUCCCAGAGCAGAAAGUUAUAUCUCUAUUAUUCCUAUAUUCAGCACUGCCCAGUCUGAUACUAUGGGAUGACCAGACUGUCUACUACAGCUACCAAAACCAUUUAAUUAAGGGCUUCCUACAAAUGUUCUGGGACAACAAAAGGCUAUCAGAGGGUGACUACAUUAGCCAGGUCUUUCUCGAUUACUACGGGAAUAUCAUCAUAAAGACAAAAUUCAACCAGAUGUUUCAUUUUAAAUGUGGAAUGAAAGUGACAGUGAAACUCCCUCCAUGGAGUCACAAAGAUGAAAACACCGCGCUUUACAUAAAUCCAUCUGGUGACCUGUAUAUCAUGAGUGUUAAUGACAGUGGAACAAUAAUUCGGGAGGUGUAUCCAUUAACUUUAGAAAUAUAUAGUUCUACACAUAAAAUGGGUGACAUUUGUCCAUACAUAAUAUUUCAGCAGGACAUCAUAUCAUAUUUUCAUUUUUUGGACAAGAACGAUUUCCUGAGCUUCUGGGCUCAAAUAGUCUAUCCAGAGAAUCUUGGUUUAUAUAUAAUAGUGGACACCUAUGGACCAAAAAUAUUAAAGGAAGACAAAAAUGAGGACUAUGAGAUGGCUUUAGGAAUCUGUACUAAAAAUCUGACUGUAAAAUUUUACCAAGAUGAAGACUAUGAACAAGCAGAUAAUUACACAGAACUCCAACAGGAAAACAGUGGCAUUGUGGCAUUUGAAUUGAAACCAAGUAUGAAUGGGAAAAGAUGUACUUUGUUCAACAAGGUGGCUCAAAUAUUCGUUGGUUGCAAUCCAGAAAGGCACAUCAGGAUCAAAGGCCUGAAAAAAGAAAAUUGUACCCAAUAUGAAAAUUAUCGUGUCAGCAUUUCAAGGUUUCAUCUGCGCCAUAAUCCAAUUCAAGAUCUGAAUUUUAUCUACGAUCUGAAAAAGUAUGGUUGUCCAUUGGAAUUACAUUGGGGACAUUAUUUCCAACCAAUUAUUGAAUUAUACGACGAUAACAAGUUUGUCGAAAGAAUCAAGACAAAUUUCAUAAUCUGGGAUAUACACGGAAGAAAUGAUUACAGCUUUAAUUCAACCAUGAAUGAUAAUGGAUGUGUGAGCGAAGCACAGACAUGGUCGUCAAUGAUUGCAGCCAACCCACACCUGCCACUGAAUAAAGUAUGGGGACCCGAGAACUACAAACACUGUUUUUCUAUCGCCAUUGGAAAUCCAGGAAACCUUAAUCAACCAUAUGAGAUUUUAAACUCUUCUAAUUAUAACUAUAUCGUGUGGCCCAAGGAUUACGAAGCCUUUUUUGUGUUCCAAGUGAAGAUACUAGACCCAAAUUACAGCUUCUGUGACCUAACUGCUUCAUUUGCAGUACAUUCCUUUAUCUUAGCUAAAAGACCAGACCCCGCAAUAGUUUUACUUUGCGUUGUUUGCCUGAUUCUGGGAACCAUAUUUGGCCUCUCUCUGAGUUACUUCGAGUAUCUGAACAUUUUUCGAAAUAAUUUUGAUGACCAAACUCCAACCGAAGCAAAUGGGAAAAAGGCAUUUGAAGACUAAAAUCUUGCUGUUAGUUAAUGAGUUUUCAGCAUUAUUUACAACCAGGGAAGAUGUUUUUCAACAAACAAGUAUGUGUGCAUAACGCAGAAUGUGUUAGGCCAAAUGAGUUGCAACCAAUGAAGGUGCUCAGUAUUUUAGCAUUUCUCUGUUGGGUUCAGUCUCCUCCAGCUUCCAUGUGUCUCCCUGUACAUUCCACAGUACUGUUUCCUCCCAAUCCAAAAUCCUUCUCCUCUUACUUCUCGCUGGUCCCGGCCCCACUUUUCUUUCCUGUUCCUUUCCUUCUGCCACUUGCAUCUUCCCCUUUUCAACUUUCUCCUUCUUUCGGUCUUUGUAUCCCCCAACUCUUCUCUCCCUCCCUCUCCCUAUUAUAGUCUACCCCUUCCGUUUCUCAUCCUCUUCCUAGUUAACUCUUGCACUAGCUUCUAGCUGUCUCUCUCCCUUCCAUUUCCCUCUCCAGCCUUCUCCUGCUUCAGAGCUAUUCCGACACAGCAAUAAAAUUCUGUGUACAAAAGUGUCA